AUGAGAGCUUAUAGAUGUCUUGUAGCUUUAAAAGGGGGGCAUCACAAUGUCAACGGGACUCCGGUGGAUUUUAAAAAUUUUAGCCACCAGUUGCGAAUUUUUAUUGGUGAACGCGACGCACAAGUUUUCCUUGAACGCUUGCGUGAGCGCUUUGACAACCUACCCAACUUCUAUUUUGAUUACACGGUUUCAAAUGGAAAGUUGUCUUCUGUAUUCUGGGCUGAUGAGAUUUCAAAGCUAAACUACAAAGCUUUUGGCGAUGUCCUCGCCUUCGACGCGACAUACAGUACUAACAAGUACAAGAUGGUUUUUGUGCCAUUCGCGGGUGUGGAUCAUCAUUUCCAAUGUGUUACAUUUGGUGCGGGUUUGAUAUCAUCCGAGUCCAUUGAAUCUUAUGUGUGGUUGCUUAACGCUUUCUUGAAGGCACACGGUACUCAACCAACUCUCGUGUUGAGUGAUCAAGACCCAUCUAUGCUUCAAGUUGUUCCUAUGGUCUUUACCGAAUCACGCCACAGGAUAUGCAUGUGGCAUAUAAUGAAAAAACUACCCUCCAAGAUCUCUGCGGACCUUCUUGAUAACACUGAUGUUCUGGCCUACAUUCACCGGUUGGUUUGGAAUGUUUAUAUCAAACCAGAAACGUUUGAGUCCCGCUGGCAUGACCUCCUAGAAACAUUUGGCCUACAAGACCACACUUGGUUGAACGACAUGUACAACAUCAAACAUCUUUGGGUACCAGCCUACUUCACAGAACUGCCAAUGUGUUGCUUGAUGAAGACCACUUCACGCUGCAAAAGCUCGAACGCUGCCUUCAAGGUCAACACAACAAGCGCAAACACCCUUGUACAAUUUAUGAUGUUCUUUGAAAAUAGGGUAGACAGCCAACGCUAUCGGCAACACGUAUCGGAGUACAAAACCUCAUCCAUGGUUUUCAAGGGCAAUACUGAUUUAGCGAUAGAACAGCACGCGUUCGCCAUUUACACAAACGUUGUUUUCAUGCAAGUUCAAAAGGAGAUAGAUAAAGGGAAGUUUUUAUGCUACAUCACAAACCAAACCGAGUCCAGCAAUACCACUCUUUUGCUAGACGUCACUCAUUUGGACAAAAGGAACAACAUCACAAACGUCUACCAGGUGGCGCUGAGAUGCCCUCCCAAAAGAGGUUUUUCACUUUCCAGCCGAUACGGCGUCAACGCACACGCACCGUCCGUUAUACGGAAUGAAAUCCUCGACCUCGUUACUGAAUGUGUUGAUGUGGCCAGAACCGAUGAGGAUUCAUUGUCAAAAUUGGUUGCCCAACUCCGGGAUUUCAAGAUCAAUGUGCUUUCCAAGCAACCAUUGGGUACAACUCAAAAUGAAACAAACGAGUGUGAAAUGGAAGAAAUAGUUGGGCAACCAAUCAACAUUCCAGACGAAGUUGCUAAUCCAGAUGUUGUACGCAAUAAGGGAUGUGGUACACAUACUCGCAUUUCCAGACCUGGUGAGAAGGCAAAGAAAAAACCACCAAAACGUCCAAAGCAACUUCGUCUAUGCAAGCGUUGUGGCCUGUAUGUCGACGACCACGACUCACGAAAGUGCAUUAAGGUGGCCGCAAUGAAAGCAGCAAAGGCAGCUGCUGAACAACAAAGGCAGACCGCCACCGGUGCCUCCCAUUCUGAUUAA